CGCGCGGCUGUGACGACACGGGUCGCGGCUAGGCGCGCGGCUGAGCUGCGCAGCCCCGGGCCCGCGGCCAUGCCCAAGCGGGGCUGUACUUUCGCGGACGCGGCCCCGCUGCAGCUGAAGGUCCGCGUUGGCCAGAGGGAGCUGAGCCGCGGCGUAUGCGCCGAGCGGUACUCGCGGGAGAUCUUCGAGAAAACCAAGCAGCUCCUUUUUCGAGGGGCCCAGGCCUAUAUGGACCACUUGUGGGAGGAAGGCUGUGCCAUCGUUGACCUGCCAGAGUCCCCGAAGCCUGGCCCCACAGAGGCCCUUGGGACCCCCCGUGGGCAGAUGCUGAUCGGACCGGACGGCCGACUGACCAGGAGCCGAGCCCGGGCCUCCGAAGCUGCUGUGGCGACGUUCAGGAGACGGUGCUCUGUGGCAGCUGUGCCACGUUCGAGGCCUGAGGGCCGGGAGCGGAUGACAGCCUUCCUGGACGGCCGCGCCGGUGGCGACGCCGAGGGACCCUGGGGGGCGGGGGUGUCUAUUUUAUAUUUUGUACUGAGGACGGAAGCGAAUAAACCCCUUUAUAUUUGGACCAGAGGACUCACUGAACAGUUCUGGGGUGUGGCCUUCUGGAGACCUCUGUGCCUGCUCCCCCAUCUUGUACGUGGGAAACGGGCGUCCAGAGUCUGCUAUUUCCAGCCCUUGCAGCCAGCAGUGGUGAGAGAGGACGGACUCUACAGUUCGUGGCCACGGUGCCAGAGUGGCUCAGCGUUGGUGUCCCAGACUGUCCCUCACGUGUCCCCAUCUGGGUGCCCGCGUGGUCGGGGCUCCCGGUGACCUGACAGUCCCUGCUGUCUGGGAGUGACGGCCGGGCAGUCCGCACGUCGGGGGCAGCCGAUAGGAGCAGCGGGGCGGCUGGACCAGCAGGCUGUGGGUCUCCGUCACCUGGAGCCUCCACCCUGGUCUCCACACGCGAGGCUCCCCUGCCGUCAGACUCCGCAUCCUAGACGGAGUCUAGGGGGUGGACGGGGGUGGGGAGGGUGGGCAGGGGACGGCGGGGUGGCGGGCUGGAGCCGGGCCCGGGGUGUGGUUUGCUGUGUCGGGGCAUCAUAGAAGCCACUGAAGCGGAGACAGGGAGGCCGCCUGGAGGGGGGUUGCGGGCGCCCGGGGCCUUCCUGAACCCAUACUCUUCCAAAGCCUUCCGGCUCAGGGGCCUGGGGCUCUGGCUAACCGGCAGGCUGUGCCCUGGGCCGCAGACACGGCCAUCCUCGCUCGACCUGGGACCUCCUCGCGUCCAGCUUCCUGCUGGGGCUGCAGGCCGUGACCCCACUAAGCAGGACAUCGCGCUGGUCAUUUGGGGAAUGCAGAUCAAAACCACCUCACACCUGUCGGGACGGCCGUUAUCAAGACAAAAAGCAAGUGUUGGCGAGGAUGUGGAGACAAUGGGUCCCCGUGCACCGUACGGGAGCGUAAGGUGGCAUGGCCGUUGCGGAAACGGCCCGCGGCCCCUCGGAAAGUCAGAGUCAGCUGCCGUGUGGUGAGCAGCCCCGCUGCUGGGUGACAGCAAAAGAAGUGAAGGAAGGAACCUGCAGGCGCCGGCACGUCCCCCUGCUCCCCACGGCACGGCCCGCGGGAUCCAGAGGGAGGCCACCCGCGUGCUCCCCGACCGUUGGGCGGAUGGACACUGCAGCCCGUCCGCGUGACAGGGUCCUUGGAAGGGGGGGGGGGGGGGUCCUGCCCCUGCCGCGGCGUGGACGGACCGUGAGGACACGGUGGUCAGUGACGUCAGCCGGCCCUGAGACGGCAGAUCGCUUACGACCCCUCUCGUGCCGUCCGUACACACAGUGGGAUGGGGGCCCCAGGGGCCGUCGGGGGGAAGGGGUGUCCGUGUUUCAUGGGGGCGGAGUUUCAGUUGUGAAGAUGGGUGGGGGGUGGUGAGGGGUGCACGACACCGUGGGCCCACGUGGUGCCAUUGACGGUGCUCCAGAGUGGUGACAAGUGUGUGUGCUACCACUAGGAAGACCAUAAAGCCUUGGUUGGCGAGCGUAAUUCGUUCUGGAAACAUGCUUGUUAUCCAAAGCACUUGCAUCGCAAAGCGAAUUUCCCCAUAAGAAAUACCGGAAACUCAGAUGACUCGUCGUACAACCCAAAUAUAUUCAUAUAAAAAUGGUUACGGUGCUGUAAUACGACAUAAGAAAAUGCAGAUUAAAAAGCUAAAUUAACCUGCCCUUUGAAAACCCUCCUGGCUGGUGUGAGGGGCACAAGAGAGGAGGGUUGCCGCGUAGGAUGACUUUUAUCACUGACGGAAUCACUGCUCUCUGUUGGCUCCAUGGAAUCUUUCCUUUCGAGCAACUUCAACAAGGAACCUGUCCGAUGACCUAGAACGAAGCAAAGCAUUCCCGAGCUCCCUCUUGGAUGGAAAAGCAAAGGGCGGCCCAGAGGCGCUUUGAAGUGACAAAAAUACACAAGUGCCAGUUGUGGGCACCUUCCAACGUCCUGAAAAAUCACUGAUUUCUUCCAAACACCGCGGCCUGAGACCGAGCGUCUGAGCAUGGGAGAUGAUCACCCACAGUCCCACAGCGAGUGAGC